AUGAGCAAUUUGAUUGACCCUUUGAAAUUAAGAACCUAUGGCGUGAAAAAGCCACUUGAGGAAAAAAUUGAUAAGAUUCAAUAGCUGCCUGACAAUUAGAUGAGAUAUUAUCCUAAGCUGCACAAUGGAAAACUAGAUGAAUGGGGUGCAGUCAUUAAGCAUUAGGUAGAGUAGUUCGAGCAUUAGAAACAAAUCCAAACUGAAAUUGACAACUAGAAAAAGAGAGAGUACUUGAAUAAAUAAAAAGAACUUGAAAAGCUGAUGAGAAUAAAUGAAGCACAACAACAGUAAAUUAAGCUUCAAGACGUGAAUAAUUAUCAAGAUUAGGUGAAGCAACAAGAGCUCUAACUUAAAAAUAGACUCUUGGAACUUAACAAACGCUAAAUGGAAGAGUAUCAGAUGCGAUUAAAAUUCAAUAUGGCAGCUUAGCAAAUGACAUAGUAAGCUUUGACAGAGGAUUAAAGAUUGAGGGAACAGGAAUAGCUUAAGAAACAAGAUUAUGCAAAUAGCUUAAAACAAGAGAUUAAUCAGAGAAAUAAAUUAAAAUAACUCGAUGGUCUAAUUUAAUAGUAAUAAACAAGGGAGACAUAGCAAUUGUUCGAAGAAAAUGCACAGAGACAAUUGCAAAGUGAGAUGGUUUACAAAUAGAAAUUCCAACAAUUUGAUUAGAAUCUAUCAAGAAAGCAGUAGAUAUUCACUUAGCAGAUUGAAUAGCCCAAGCAUAAUUUGCAUUAGAUGGAGUAGUAAAAAUAAGAAUAAGCUUAACAAUAGUAUAAUCAGCAGAUGGCUGACAGAGAUAGAUUAAACUAGCAGUCAAGAAUGAUUGCUUAGAAAGAAGCUCACGACUAAUUACUUAAGUAAAUUGAGGAUAAGGAACGCAUGAAAAAUCUUGAGAAGUAAAUUCAUUAGAUUGACAGAGAGAAGCUGGUUUAAAACUCAUCGUAAAUGUCAUAAUUUGACAAGUAAUUGGCAGAUGAUAAAAGGAAAAAACAGUAGUAGUAUCGAGAUUUACUUUAAACUUAAAUCAAGUAUAAUAAGGAGAUGUAAGGCUAUGGCAAUAUGACUGAUGUCGAAAAGAAACUUAAUAAGGAGGACUUAAUUGCAUAUAAGCGCUUUGACAAUAAUUAGUAUGCCUUGAUUCCUGGCAUCAAUAACUAAAAGAGAUUUAUGGACCCUAAUUUGCACACUUAGAAAAAUAGGACUCUUGAUUUAGAUGAGCAGCAUAAAAGAUUACAACAGCAUGGGUUUAACAGAGAGUAAGAAUAAUUUUAACCUUAAAAUUCUUUAGUGUUCGGUUUAUUGAUAGAAGUAACUUUAGUUAGCAAGUUCCAAAUAGAAGUAUUCAGAGUGUGGUUGAAAUACCUGCUGGCAACUCUGGGUCAGUCUACAAUCUUAGAAAUAGCACUCCGAAUGCCAUACAAAGCAUAAAUUCAAAGUAGUGUAAGUUUAAGUAUGCAAAUGCAGGGUCAAGCAAAUAAUAACUUUUCUUAAAAUCAUGGGGUAUAUGGAAACUCUCAGAGCAAUAAUUAGAAUUAGAUUUAGAACUAAUAUAGAUCUGGUGGAGUGUUGUAAAAAGCAGCAGCUAAUAACAUGUUUCUUUGA